AUGAAGCAAGCCGAGAUCGAGAGACAAGGCUCGCUGCCGGUAUCGCAGGCUAAUGCACACAGCAAGUUGAACAACAAUGCUGAGAAGCACUUCGGGGACUGGCCCAAUGCAGCAGCCUUCAACAAUCUAGAAGACACGAAAGACCAGAUUGAGCUCGAGAUAUCUGGUCACUUCCCAACCCAUGUCGCCGGCACGCUGUGCAGAACAGGCCCAGGUGCUUACAAGGUACCCAGAAGCAAUUCAGAAGACGGCCAUGUAACAGUAGAUCACUGGUUUGAUGGCUUUACCACGACUCAUAGAUUCGAACUUACUGCCGGCGAGAAUGGCGCUUGCAACAAAGUCUUCUAUUCUUCCUACAAUCAGACCGACGACAUGAUCGAUGCAGCACGAAGGACCGGGAAGUUGGACGGUAUCACAUUUGGUCAAAAACGAGAUCCAUGUGACAGCUUCUACAAGAAGUUCAAGGCAGUCUUCGAGCCGAACCUGCCUGAUAAAUCGGUUACGAGUAUCAACAUCGGCGUCGGCUUCCAGGAGACACUGCCUCAGGACAUCAAGCGAGCAGAGCAUGAGAGCGGCAAAAUAUCUGGUCGCCGAGUGAUAACCACCACGACCGACAACCAUGCCACCAAGACCUUCGACGCGGAUACCCUGGAGCCACUGGGCGUCACCAGGCAAGAUCAUCUACAUCCAUCGUUGACUGGACCUCUAUCAUGUGCACAUCCAGCAUACGAUGCCGAGACUGGGCAUGUGUUCAACUACAACAUUGCCUUCGGAGCUCGCCAAGUCUAUCGCGUAUUCCGUGCCAACACCCGGACGGGCGAUGUCGAGAUUCUGGCCGAGAUAGCAGGUCGUGACAUCAAGGCCGCUUACAUUCACUCCAUAUCGAUGACCGACAACUUCAUCGUCUUAUGCAUCUGGCCAGCACACUUCAAAGGCGCAGGCGCUAGCUUGCUAUGGGAGCGAAACCUCAUGGACGCCAUGGCCGACUUCGACCCCAAUGCCAAGGCAAUCUGGCUAGUCAUAGAUCGACGACACGGCCGUGGUCUUGUGAAGAAGUUCGAAUCACCAGCUUUCUUCUGCUUCCACACAACAAAUGCGUGGGAGCAACCCAGCAACGACAACGAAAACGCUAUCGACAUCAUCUGGGAAGCCUGCACGUUCCCAAAUCUAGACAUCCUCCAUCGCCUCUACUACCAGAACCUCGUCUCCACGGGACCCGGCGCCAGCUCCUUCGCGUGUCGCGACAGCGUCAAAGUCAGCCUCACCCGCUACAAACUCGCCAACAUCCCUGCGUCAAAGAGCAAGAGCUCAACGAUCGGCAAAGCACAACAGCUCACCUCCAUCCCCUCCCCAAAAGCCGGCGACCUCCCCAACAUCAACCCCAACUACCGCCGCAAACCACAUCGCUACGUGUGGUCUUUGAUCGAUCAAGGCAAAUCAUCCUUCAACGAUUCCCUGGGCAAGACGGACACGCAGACUGGGGAAUGUGUUCGAUGGGAGUGUUACAGACAUACACCUUCGGAGCCGAUCUUUCUGCCGCUGCCGGGAGCGGUGGAGGAGGAUGAGGGACAUGUUUUGACUGUGGUGUUUGAUGGAGAGACGGGGAGGAGUUAUUUGCUGUGUCUUGAUGCGAGGACGAUGAGGGAGGUGGGGAGGGCUGAGGUUGGGAAGGCGGUGGGGAUUGGGUUUCAUGGGUUGCAUGUACCUGUUGGUGGGGGUAGGGUGGUGUAA